UCCCUGGUGCUGUGAGGCAGUGGUGCUAACCACUGAGCCACCGUGCCACCCCAGUGGUGAUAAGUUUUUAGCUGCUCUGUUAGAGCUUAAAUCCUUUUCUUGAUAACUGCUGGAAAAUUUUCAAUGCUAAGUUUAGAUGUCAAUGAGUGCUGUCUUGCAGUAGAAGAAUACUGGAAACACUCAAGCAGCAUCUGUGGGGAUAGAAACUGGUCAAAUAUAAAACAGACUGGAAAUAGUGGAAGUGGAGUUAUUUUGACACAAUCACUUGAAUGUAAUAUGCUUAGAAUUACAUGAGAGCAAUAGACCAUCUGCAUCACUACUAUAAGAUGCAACCAAACUGCAUUCCUUUGAAUAUUUUAAGUGGAAUCUCUUCAAUGUUGCAAAGCAUAAUCAAUAGUAGGACUAAAACCUGAUGCAAAGUGAUUUGGACCCUGCCAUCAGCUGCUUUUCUCUCAAGUCUUAAAUGUGUAUUGCCUGUCAACUGCAGUUUAUCCCAUAAGUUUGAGUGAUACUUCAGUCAUAUUCUGACCCAAUCACAGUACUUAAAUAAAACUUUUUGUACAUAGCUGUGAUGAUCAUAAACAAUUCACUCUCAACGUUCUAAGCAUAUCAACAGCCUUCAACUGGUUGACAGCACCAUCCUCCUCCAACACCUCUCCUCCAUUGACCAGAGGUGUAUGAUGGCUUAUUUGCUUCCAUCCUUUGCUGUUCAGUCAUAUGCAGAGAAUUACCUGUAAUGGCCUCUCUCCAUACCUGCACAGUUACAUCUGGAAAGCUCUUGAGGGUCUCUUUUUAGCCUCUUUCUUGUCUACAUGCUAGCCCUCAAGGUGGUCACCCACAAACACAUCAGGAAUGAAAUAUAUUCUGCUGACACUUGGUUCCUUCACCACCUCUUGACCACUUCUUGAUUUGCAAAACUGCUUGUCUAUCAUGUAGUAUUGCACAAGCAGAAAUUUUCUCCGAGUAUCAAUACCCUUUACAAACUCUAUUCCCCGUCCCUCAUCCUCUCCCUCCUCCUGGCAACUGUCUGAAGCGGAGCCAGAUCGAUUUGCAAAUUUGUUUGAGAUGAGCUGUUGACCACAUAACUGAGGCAUUGCAUCUGUACUGUUGCUCAUCUCUGAUCCUGCCUCAUCUGCUAUUGAAACCUGCAGGUUUGAUAUCUCUAGGCUUUACUAUUCCAUUACUGUCCAUUCAAGUUGUCAAAUUUAGUGUAAAUUCCUAACUCUGAACCAUGUUACAACCAGAUGAGGGGAAAUCAGCUCCAUUCUUUCUAACCUGAGUAGCUGGUGUCAUUUGCCUUGUCGUUGUUUUCCCUUUAAAAAUGAACUGCUGCGACUUUCAUCCCACUGUGUAACUUCCAGAAAGGUUUGAUUCAAACCAGAUGAAAAAAAGCUGGAUUCCAGUGUCUUGUUCCAGUGGUAAUUUCAACUCAGACUGAUGCUUCUUUACUAAUGAUUUCAUGAGCUUGGCUCAACCUGGCCAACAGAUCAUUGCAGCUAUUUAGGUCCAUGUUUAUCUUGUUUAAAAAUCACUUUAGUCCAUGAAGAUAUAGGACAUUACAAUCAGAGCAUGUUAGUUGAGUAUGGAUCAACAAUGCUUGCUGUUGUCAUAAUACCCAUGAAACAUUUGAUGUUAUAUCCAAUUUUAUAUUUGUUUUUCUUUCUACCUACAAGGAUCCAUCUAUUUAACCAGGGAUCUGGCACUGAUGAACUUUUUGUUGUGGACCUGUUCAACAAAUGUCUGUCAGAACACCAUCUGAAAUGCUGGAGAUUGUUUCCCAGGCCAAAGUUAUCUCCUGAGGAUUUGAGUACUUUCAAGAAAACCUUUUCAAUAGUGGCCAAGAAUCCCCCAUCCUAAUGGAAAAAUUACCCAUAUGGUGUUAUGCUUAGUUUUGGGAACCAGACCACCCCAAAUUUCAAAUUUAGGUGACUAAGUAAAUUGUUCAGGAAAUCUGUCAUUGGGUGGACACGAUGACUGCUCAACACACCAUCUGCCCAGCGCAAAAUUGAAAGUUAUGUAAUUGCUGUUGAAGCCUAAGUCCUUGGAGGUCAGGUAAAGAUGUGGCAUUCGUCUAACAGAGCAGGAUCAUCAAGUAAUUACCCAGCAGGCUGGGCAGAGUGAGUUGAGGAGACCAUUGUUGGUUGCAACAAGACCAAGACUUGGAUUUAUUGUAGAAAAGGGUUCAAUUAUUUCACAAGAGCAGCUAUGGUGAUUACAGCUCCUGACCUCUCCUGUCUUUUAACACAUCCCUGUCCCUUCCCACCAAUUAUAAUAAUUUGCUCUCCUCCUUUCAACCCAAAAAGAAAACACUGCAACACCAUUUUCCUGUUCUAAGUAUACUCACUUUCUUCACUAAUACUAAAAACAAUCUCACCCCGCACCCUGAUGUUUGUACCACAUUCACCUGCUGACAGUGCUGCUCCCUAGUUUCACAUUCCAGACAGGUGUCCUUACUUAACCAUCUUUUAAAGGUUCUAAGUAUAAAGGUGAUGACAAAUGGAGCAAGAAGGGACUGCAAGCCUCAGACUGUGAAAAUUGGAACUGAAGUGUCUUUGGCUGGCUUGAUUUAGAUACAAAUUUCUGUUACUUACAUUUAUAUUUCUCACAAACUACUUGCGAUUGCUCAUAUGUUGUUUGCAGGAUACCCAAGUUCAGGGUACAGCAUGUUGUAUGUUUUAGAACCUGUUCACUUUGACUGCUCAUUGACCUACACAAGGAACCUUUUAGUCACCCGGAUAUCUUGAUGAUAUUGCACAUUUUUUCUCAAAUCAAAUUGAGUUAUUCUAAAGAGCUUGCUGACUUUUUUUUUUUGCAAAUCCAUUGUAGCACAGUUUUGACUAUUUUUGUAAAAUAAAAAUGAUUAAUUUCAGUUUGCUGAUUGCUAGGACUAGUUUGUUUGACUCUGCUUAAACACAUUUUCAAUCAUUAGCCUGCCGUGCAACUAUAUCCGACCCAGGGGAGAUCUCUGUUAUUUCAGGUUAAAGAUCCACUGUGCAUUCCUUCACAAGCAAGAAACCAAAUUAAAAGACCAACGUUUCCUUCUUGUAAGAAUGCAAUUCAUAGUUUCCCUGCAGCUGUGACCAUACAUAUAAGCAGAGAUUCUACUGUCACAUCUUGAAAUUUCAUUUUUAUGUAGAAUCCAAAGUUCAACUUAAAAACUUUUUAAUGAGAAAUUAUACAGAGCUGUAUGUUGCAAAAAUGACUCUCCGUGGAUAUUCCCAUGUUGGUUCAAUAUUUUAAAAUUUAGAAACCCGAGUACUUGAUGUGGGAACAUCUAUAUUUAGAUUGUUGAGUGUGGUUUGCUGGAAUUGCACAGCUGAUCUGCAGCAGUUCUGUUUCAGUAAAGAGAAUUUCAAACAGUAUGCUGUUUAUGUUAAAAUAUUACAUCAAUUUUGUAGUUUUCCUGGCGAACUCUAAUUGCCCAUUGAUUUGAUUUAUGCUUCACAGAAUUCCACUAGAUUCCUAAGGAAGCCUGAUGAAAAUGCAGAACAGUAUCAAGGAUUUAACACUUUUUGACUUGGAUGGUGAAAGCAAACUCUAUGUGGUUGAUUCGAUAAAUAAUUUGCACCGGGCAAAUACCUGUGAAGAUCCCUGUGACCCAACUUCAAAUUCAGUAGAAUGUGAACGUGUUGCUGACGAAACUGAAGCACCCACAAAAGAAUUGUUGAAAGAUCUAGCAACUGUUAAUUCUACAAAAACUGAUCCUCCAUUUUGCUUUCGGCAUUUGAAAAAAAUGUUACUACUUGCUACUGUAAUCGUUCUUCUUCUGAUCAGCUUUGUACUUGCUGCGUUUGCUAUCUUCUUUAUUGUGAGAAUGGAGAACCAGCUUAAUUACAUUUCAACAAGAGUGACUGCAGAAGACAGAAAUAUUAAAGAAAUCAAGAUACUCAUGUUGAACCAUUUCAAUUUUUCAAAAGGGUUAAAUGACAGUAAUGUAGCUGGAAUAUCUCCCAUCUCUAAUACUCAAAGCCCAUGAUGAGAAGAACAUAAUCAAAAGGUAUCAAAGACGUGUAAGUUUGCAAGUUUCAAAGACUCCAGUGAAAACUAAAACAUCAAACAAGAUGCCUCAGUUUACAUAACCUUCUUCAAACUAUGCCUGUUUGAAUUGUCAAUUGUGGUGCUGGAAGAAUGCCUAAGUCCAGCAACAGUCACAUGGAUUCCUUCAAGAAACAUUUGAGAAUAACAAACCCUUCACAGUGAAUGCAAUUAUAAAUGUGAUCCAUUGCAAAUGUUCCAACUAAUUAAACGGAAUCAGCCAUUGACUAUCUUCAGUCACCUGACCCAGCAGAAUAAACUGAUUUUAAUUACAGAACAAGAAUCUGCAAAAGAAAUUAAGUCACAAUGUUGCAUGGCUGUCAAUUCCUUUUUACAGGAGUCUGUUAAAUUCUAAACAUUUCUCAUUUACUUCCCAAUUGCUCAGAUAAUCGUGAUGUACACUUUAUUGAUUUGAACCUGUACAAUCAUUUACAUUACUUAAGUUGAAGUAUUUUUGCCUUUCUUUUGGGAUUGGUACUGUGCAAUUAAAUGCUGCCUAUAUAGUAUAAUGGAAAGUGUCUCCAUUAUUUUGUUAUGUUGCAUGGUUCUUGGUGUUUUUGCAUUGUCCAUAUAAAAUUGAUAAAUCUGUCAUUAUGCAAGUAUUCAAAUUAUUAAUGAACUUUGGUAUUAAAGUGUACAAUAUAGAACUAAAGAGCACUGCAAGCACUACCAACCUGUUUAAUUUGUUUCAAAAACAAGUGUCUUCAAAUUCUGGUUAAGAACUUGUAAUUAAUAUGCUAAUUAAAUUCUAUUCUGUGUGA